AUGUCCGCCCCACCGAGCCAAGAGCCGCCGUGCAUUGUCAACGUCAUCGGAUCCGGUGUACUCGGUCUCACCUGUGCACUCGAGCUCGCCAAACAGCCGGGCUCACCAUAUCGUGUCAAUGUGGUCACCGCCGAAAGCGCGCUGACUGCAUGGUCUCAAGACCCGUCGACGAAGCUCCCAGUGGAACCAGAUUUUGCUUCCCCUUGGGCGGGUGCUUUCUGGCACCCCUUCACUCCUCAACCAGAGACCGAGCUGCAGAAAAGGGUAGCCGGAUGGGAGACGAAGUCGUUUAAGCAUCUUUGGGAGAUUGCUGAGCAAGAUCCUUCGGUUGUCAUGAAAGCUGACUUCAAGAAAUAUUAUGACCAUCGGUUGACUGAAUUACCGUGGUAUAUGGACCUAUGUCCGGAGGCUCGAAAAAUGAACGACGAAGAAUUAGCGAAGGCGCCAGAAGGAAAAGUAGAUGGAAUAAUCUGUAAAUCCGUUUCCUUGAACCCAAUCCGUUACCUGGAUUACCUCAGAAAGCAACUGGUCAAAUACGAAGUCCAAAUCAUUCACCAUCGUCUUGAAACCGUCUCGGAGGCUUUUCUGGGGGAUCCCAAGUUUGGCAUCCCGGCGGCGAAAAUAGUAGUAAAUGCGUCAGGUCUCGGCGCGGGCAGCUUGUGUGGUGUGUCAGACGAAUUGAUGGAGCCGAUUCGUGGUCAAACGAUCCUCAUCAGGCCCCCUCAACCGAUCCAACUAAUCACACGGGAUGACGAUAAAUGUAUCUACAUCUGCUCGCGCCCACCUACCAUACCCGGCGAAGGCGAAGAGGUCAUCUUGGGUGGCUCAUAUGAACCUGGCAACUCCUCUUUAUCCAUCGACAACGGAAUCGCCGAUAGGAUCUUGACCGAAGCGCUCAAGCUCCGGCCCGAUCUUAGCCGUGACGGCACGUCCAACGGCAUCGAAAUAUUGGAUCAUAUUGCGGCUUUGAGGCCCAGUCGCAAGGAUGGUCCUCGGGUUGAAAGGGAAAAUUUCACGAUUUCUAAGAAAGGAGAAACUCAGGAUGAAACUGGGCUCUUGGUCCAUUGUUAUGGAAUUGGAGGAGGAGGCUUUCAGGCGAGCUACGGGGCAGCGGCAGAAGUUAGAAGCUUGAUAGAGACUCAGAAAAACAUCUCUUGA